CCCGACGUCAGUCAUACAAAAGCUUCACCUCCCCUCCAUUCCACCAAAAGCCAACGCGCAAUUCACCAAGUCACGCGACUCACAAAGCCCCAUCCAACAACUCUUUUCCCCCGACUCUCUCUCUCUCUCUCUCUCUCUCUCUCUCUCUCUUUCUCUCCCUCUCACUCUUUCUCUCUCAAGGGGUGACUCUGAAGAGGUGACUCUCAAGGGGUGAAAUUUCCGAUGGUCAACGUCAAAGAAGCCGCCCAGGCCGCGAUAACGGCCUACGGCCUCGCCACGCAGCAAGGCGGGAACGCGUCCGUCCCGCUGGCCCAGGUCGCCUCGUCGCUGGCGUCCUUCUACCUGGCCAACUUCACGAGCUUCACCCUCGGCGGCGUCAGCGUCGUCGGCGGCGGCGAGACGGCGGCCAAGGGCGUGCUGCAGCAGCUCCAGCGGCUCAACGAGAGCGGGCUCGGCACGGACAUCCGGCUGUGCGGCGACGGGCGGGUCGACGUCGUCUCGUCGCAGAGCGCGCUCUGCUGGGUGACGUUUGAGAUGGUGCCGCCGCGGACGAGCAAGGUCGACAGGUGGACGUGGACCAACGUCUACGGGUUCCGGGUCGAGACGGGGCGGGGCGACGGGCUCGAGGGCGGGUGGGAGUUCACGAACGCCGACCAGGAGUUCCAGACGCUGCUGGAGAGGGUCCCGGACUUUUUCAAGGGCGGGACCGUCUGAAGGACACGAGACGGAUCCCGCGUGGGUAUGAGCUUGUAUGAGUGUGUGUGUGUGUGUGUGUGUGUGUAUUAUUGCAUUACAAAGCUGUCUAUGGAUAAAUCAUGACUCCUUUUUCUCAUGAGGUCUGGUUCGUAUGUCUCAUGAGACGUGGUCACACCAGCAUCGCCCUUUCCAACC